GCCCAUCCCAAUCCCGAUUUACGGGGGGAUGGAGCAUAAAAAGCCGCCCUUUCUUGCCUGGGGGGAGUCUCCCCAGCAGGAACGUUGCCCCGCUGGCUGGCUGAGAUGGAGGCUGCGACAGGAGGGACGGGCUGGCUGGGUGGGCAGCUGCCGGGCUCCGGGUCCUGGCCAGCAGCGUCCACACCUGGCUCGAGGUGGCAGCAGCGGUGGCCAUGGCCAAGCCCGGGCCCAGGCAGCAGGUCCCUCGGAAGAGGACGUGGGGGCGGCCCCCACUGCGGCGAGGAGCAACAGCCACUGGCGUCCAGGGAAUGAGGAGGUACACCUCAGCAGGCCGCCCCCAGCCCAAGGCUGUCCCUCCUCCAGACGAAAGCCAUGUGGGGCCGGGAGCUGUUCCUGGCGUGGUGUGUGGUGCUGGCAGCGGGCCGCACCCAGCCCGUCUACAGGCCAGGCCGCCGGGUGUGCGCCGUGGGGACUUCCAGGGGUCCUGUGUCCGAAUCCUUCGUUCAGCGCGUAUACCAGCCGUUCCUUACCACCUGCGACGGACACCGUGCCUGCAGCACCUACCGAACCCUCUACAGAACCGCCUACCGCCGCAGCUCUGCCCCUGCCAGGCCCCGCUAUGCCUGCUGCCCCGGCUGGCAGAGAACCAGCCGGCUUCCUGGGGUCUGUGCAGCAGCCGUGUGCCAGCCACCAUGUCAGAAUGGAGGGAGUUGCGUCCAGCCCGGCCAGUGCCACUGCCCUGCAGGGUGGCAGGGCGACACCUGUCAGACAGAUGUGGAUGAAUGCAGCGCUGGGGGAGGCGGCUGUCCCCAGAGCUGCGUCAACACGGCAGGAAGUUACCAUUGCCAGUGCAGCGAGGGCCACAGCCCCUCAGCCGACGGGAGGCUCUGUGUGCCCGAGGGCAGGCCCCCCAGUGUGGCUCCGAGCCCCACAACAGGCGUGGACAGUGCUCUGAGAGAGGAGGUGCGGCAGCUGCAGACCAGGGUGGACGUGCUGGAGCAGCAGCUGCAGUUGGUGCUGGCCCCACUGCACAGCCUGGCCUCGCGGGCGGCCGAGCCGGGCCUACAGGACCCCAGCAGCCUGCUGGCCCACUCCCUGCAGCAGCUCGACCGCAUCGACUCCCUGAGUGAG